AUGGAAAACAAAUUGACAACCGUGUGCUUUAAUAAUCCUGACGAGAGCCAUGCUUGGGUGGUGGAAGAGCUUGACCCACAGAAACCAAACAACACAGGCGGCUGCGUCUUCCACCCACCACUUCAACCCUGGGCCCCAGGAGGCCCUGCCCAGGAGGCCCUGCUGAUCCACCAGCCUAAGCCCAAGCCUCCCCAGUACCCCAGGCCUCAGCAGCACCCCCAGCUGCCCCAGGCCCCCCGCACCCUCCUAGUCCCCCGGUACAUCCCCAGUUCCCACCACGUACAACUCCCGUAUCCCCAGUACCAUCGGUCCCCCAGGACCCCCAUACGGCUUCCCAAUGCCACCCUGGCCCCCAGCACAGACCCCAGGGACUAUUUCUGGAACCCACGUACGAUCCCCGGGACUCCACAGACCAGCUCCCGGACUCCCAGCUCCUGGACUCCCAGCUCCCGCCCGGCCAAGGUCCCGGCCCCCGGCCUAACCCCCGGGACCAGGGACUCCACAGACCAGCUCCCGGACUCCCAGCUCCCGCCCGGCCAAGGCCCCGGCCCGCUUCCUCGGACUCCCCCGCCCGGCUCCCCAGUCCCCCGGCCCCCAGCCCUCCGGGCCCCACCCCCCAGCUCCCGCCCGGCCAAGGCCCCGGCCCGGCCCCCCGGCUCCCCGGCCUCCCCCUACCAGCUCCCAGCCCGACCACCUCCCCAGCCCCCAGUCCCCCGGCCCACCGACCCCCCAACCCACCCGGCUCCCCAGCCCGCAGGCCCCCAGCAGGCCCCCGGCCCAGGCCGCAGCCCCGGCUCCCCGCCAGCCUGGCUGCGGACGGGCGGCAGGCCCGGCGGGCUUGGGCGCUCACCGGCGCGGGACUCCGCCAGCGACCCAGGCCGCCACCGCCGCUGGCCCGCGCUCCCGCCGUCCCCCGACGACCCCCGGGCAGGCGCGGCCUCACCGCCCGGCGCCGCCACAGUCCGUCGGAGGCGCCCCUGA